CACGAGGAGGAGUAGCUUUCAGCUCUCGGUUUGUCUCCUCCAUUGAGCGGAGCUUCAUCCUAAAUCUCGACCCAGAACCUCGGUACCUCUCAUCAUGUUUUUCAAAGCAGCUUCCGCACCCAGCGAGACUUCUUCGGCGGCCGCUGUCCAGGGCGCGCAAGACGCGCGCGGGGGCCCUCGCACCUAUCGAGACACACCGUUCUCCUCUCUCACGAUCUAUCCUUUCCUGACGGCCAGUUUCUCUGCACUCUUCCGCCGAGAGGAUACAUGCGCACCCCGCCUUCCCGAAGUACCCCGAGCCUUGACAGAGAGUAACCAAGCUUCCGGCAGUCAUCUGGACGGUGCUGGACUGCCCCAACCUGAUCCCGCCCGAGACCGUCUCGAAGAGGACAGCAAUUCCUAUUCUCUCUUGCGAGGAGAGUCGGCCGCGACAACCGGAGCGACUCCCCACCGAUCCUACUCGCCGACAACAUUCUCUACUGCAGCUUAUCUCCAGGGCCCUAAUUUAGCCUCAUUCACUUCUCCGGAGUGCGAGCCGAGACGAGGGCAAGACGUCAAUGCCGAAGAUGAAUGCCCGAUUUCGAGUUGUGAGCCUAAUACCGAUGGCAAGGAGCUAGCCUUGAAAGUAGCACUGGCAAAAGCAGCUAGUCCCGCGUUCUUGUAUCCGAAAGCCCACCUCAAGCGUGUCGCCCAGCCAGCGUCGGGUUUGUCGGCAACGAAGCCGGUCCAAGAGAAGGGCGAAGAACCGAAGUGCAAAGACGCGGCUGUAGCGUCCGGUGGAUAUAUCGACAACGAUACCCAAGACAAUAACGAAGAGGAUCGCAACAGCAAUGCCAAGGGAAGAGCUUGCUCUCCAGAGUUCCCUCGCUACAUCCCCCCGACUAUACCACCAAAAACGCGACGGUCCAAAACCGUCAAACCUUGCACUGCCUCCGCAGGCCAUCGCAAUUUGCACGCCGCUAGAAUUUCAAGGAAGACUGGGCAUCGGACACUGAACAAUUCUCGAGCAUUACACCAGGCCCGGACUCCACAAUCUCCGCCUGUCAAGGCCGCCCGUGUGCCUGUCAAGAAUGCAGUCGUCAAUUCCCGUCGUCUUCGACAGGCCGGCAGCAGUAAUCAGGGUCCGGGGAACUAUCAAACUCCACGAGCGGUCAUCACGGCUCUCCACCCGACCAGGAACGCAUUCCCUGAUAUGGAAGUAGCGCGACAUGUCGAAGGCGAUGUAGUUGAAGAGUCAAUCGGUCUCAACGAUCCUCUCUUUGCAAAGAAUGGCGAAGGGAAUGAGUCCGAACCCUGCAGCAGCCAUGGUGGGGACCGCCACUACUUCUUCCACUUCCCACCGCCUGAUAUGUGGGAUCACAACCGCGACUUUGACAGGGAGCUUGAACAGAGCCGCCCGAUCUACGACGGAUUGAACACGGACCUCAUUGACAAACAGCUUGAUGAAUUCGCAGCGCGAACUGAGUUGAUCGUCAGCCUGAUGAAGGCACAUCAGGCAGAAUUAGAUCCUGUCAACGAGCUGUUCUUGGCCAACAAGAAUGAGCUCGCCCAUUUGAACUACGAACGUCAGAGGGCAAUUACAAGCCAGUACUCUCUUUUAAAGAGAACCACUCCAAGAGAACGGGCCAGGAUCAUUGCCAGAGUCGCCGAGGCAGAGACACCGUUGUUGGAAGAGCAGGAGCGUGUUAAAGAGGAGCUGAGGGAGAUCGUUAUCCGCGGCCGAGCCAAGAUUGCACGUAUUUUGCGGGAAGACCUGAGGGUUCCCACGAUGAUCGACGAGAAACGGGCUAGGGCGAGCCAGAGAAAAAUUAUGGAAGAGCAGUAUACGGAGCUUGGGAUUGCUGGCGCAAUGAUUGGGCUGCGCGGCAGUCUUAAAGAGCAAAACUAUUCGACCCACACCGCUAUCCUGCGCUUCGCCCAGCUUGUCGUCGAUGAGAGGCUGAAGGCCUUUGACGAGAAGGACAGCUGGCACAAGCCAGACAAGCUUGUCUCCGUCAAUCUCGUCUCAAAUGUUGACACCACCAUUACUGCUGUUCCGGGGUGGUUCACCAUCCUCGACGCCAAGGGAACUGUCAAACUGCGUGGCACCGCCCCUCUGGACAGGUUGAAGGAGCUCCACCAAAUCCUGGGAACCUCAUUGAACGCGGCAAGGGAGGAGCAAUGGGCCGACGAGUUCCGGCCGAACCGGCACACGUGGAGGAAGCAGUACCACGAGCCCAAUGACGCAUGGCCGAAUGCCUUGCAACGCAGCCGUGGAGGAUGGUGGGCCUGUCGCAGCGGCCCGGACGCGUCCCCAGCCGAGCGCAGCUGCAAAUUAUGUCAACCAAGAGUUCCUAGCCCGCAAGGCCAGGUCUCGGCCCGGGCGGCAAGAGAUCAAUACCAGCAUAUUCUCAAAGAAAUUGAAACCGCCCAGGCCGAAGCAAGCAAGAGAGAUCAGCUGAUGCUCAAAUACCAAUUGCAACAAGAACGCGAGGAUAUCAACCGGUAUUGGCAGCGGCGCGAGUGGAUUCGGUCGGGCGGUGGUGUCGAUGUCAGCGAGGUGCUGCAUGGAAGGGAUGUUAACGAGCUGAACUAUCGGCCUUCCGGUGGUGAAUCGCAGUCAUUUCAGCAAUCAGACACCCCGUCCCGUUAUGUCGAACCUCAUGAUAAACAGGCCCUUGAGACAGAAUCCGCUCCUCGGGUUGAAUUCUCGCAAAAAUCGCCGCUUUGGGGCAGCUUCCAAAUCGACGAAUUGAUGUCCCGGAAGCAGAUCAUCAAUGAGACUCCAUCCCCUCCGGCUGCCGGCCCUUCCUCAUCACCCCGGCGUCUGGGCUGCUCACCCCUGCUCAACGAGCUGCUGACGGGUAAACCAGCCAGCAAACUCGGCUCCUUGUCGGGAGAAUCAAGUCAGCCGCCGCGGCGCUUACAUGGCUCGCCAUUGUUUCACGAGCUGUUGGCCGGCAGGCAAGUAAACGAGAACCCACCGCAAGCUCCGCCCCCUCUGUCGCUUUAUCGUCUUAACUCUUCACAAGCUCACGACGCUCUCCAUGGGAGGCUACCAAAAAACGGCACGUCUCCUACUCAACCCGGACCCUCUCAGCUUCGCUCGUCGAUGGCGCGCCCGGGGCAAAAGGGCAAAAAGAGGGUAUCUUGGCAACUCUGAAUCUUUGCCUCAUCUUUCUGUUCCCCCUUUUUCCCUUUAAUAGCAGCACACUCCCUCCUUCUGGAGGUCUUCUCCUCGCCCUCUUCU